UACCGUGGUAGGGUAGAGUACACAGUACAGCGUGCUACGAUGGCGAGCCGCACUAAAGUUGGUAACGGCCACCUUUCCAUGGCCGUAAAAGCCGCGCACGGGUGGUGGGCGCGCCGACGCCCGCUGACACUCGGAGCCCCCACGCGCCCAGCCGCCGCGAAAUGCCGCACCCCUCCUCGUGGCCUUCCUCGCCGCGGCAGCCGCUCCGCCUCGCGCGCGUCCUCCUGCCCUUCGGCCUGCUGCUCCUCGUCUCCCUGCUCGUCCUCCACGGCCGCCCGCCGGGGGCCCGCUCCGGCGCCGACCCCGCCGCGCUGUUCCUCUCCCUCUCCCCCGGGGCCAACGCCAGCAUCGCCGCCGACCUGCGCGCGCUCACGGCCGGGCUGCACCUCGCGGGGACGCCCGGGGCAGCGGGCGUGGCCGCGCACGUGCACGCGCGGUUCCGCGCCGCGGGGCUCCGCACGCUCACCCGCGAGUACGCGCCGCUGCUCUCGUACCGGGCGCACACCUCCCUCGCGUUGCUCGCCGCCGACCGCUCCCUCCUUGCGCGCCUCUCGACGAACGAGCCGGCGGACCCGGACCGCCGCGUCGUGCGGCCCUACCAUGCGUACUCUCCCUCCGGCGCGGCCGUGGCCGAGGCGGUGUUCGUCAACCUGGGCCGGGAGGAGGACCUGGCCGCGCUCGACCGGCUCGGGGUGUCCCUCCGCGGCCGCAUCGCCGUUGCAGUCCGCGGGGGUGGGUAUCGCGGCGGGGUGGUGGCACGCGCCGCGGAAAAGGCCGCCGUCACAGUGCUCAUCGCCGGCCAUGCGGACGGCGGCGUCGAGAGGGGCGCGGUCCUUCUCGGCGGCCCGGGCGACCCGCUCACGCCCGGCUGGGCCGCGACGGACGGCGCGGAGCGGCUAGGGUUCGACCACGAGGCGGUCAGGCGGCGGUUCCCGACGAUCCCGCCCAUGCCGGUGUCGGCCGACACAGCCGUGGCCAUCGUGCGGAGCCUGGGCGGGCUGGCGCUCCCGCGCGCAGGCCGACCUUCAGCCAGGAGCCCAUACGCAGCGAGUCGCGUUGCAACUGGCUGAUGAACGCCAGAUCUAGCGAUCAACUGAGUGCCACUGUGCACCGGCCCUGCUGCUCCAUCACCUGGCAAGGAGGCGGCCAUUCCUUCUCCGAGCUCCGCGAGCUGCAAUGAUAGCUCCUAUGCCCCCUCCUCGCUCGACCGCGUUGCGUCAUUAAGAGCGGAGCGGGUUGAUUUCAAGAAACUAUAAGGGGUUGCUUGUAAAUAUGCACGGAAAAACGGUUUGGUGUGCCUUACAGAAGGACUGCGGGUUAAUUACUUGAAAAAAGAGGUACUUUUCUGCAAAAGAGCCACGACGGACGACAGAAGCGCUCCGCGCUUUAUUAUUAGGGGAGAAGGCGAUGUCAGCUACGGUUUUUCUUACGGCAUGUGCAUCCCAACACAGAAGCUUCAGGAACUAAUUAUCUCACUCCUUGUUCAGGAUAUGUAAUGAACAUAUUAUUAUACAAAUGAAUUGCCAACAUAGUCAA